AAGCACAGGCACAACCACGCAGUAGCAGCAGCAGCAGCAAAUACUCGCCUCCUUCCUCCUCCGCGAGUCGCACUCUCGCACCUGCUCCGCCUCGCCCGGUCAGAGACAGAGGCCUCUCUGAUCCUUCUAUAUCAGACAUUCAGACCGAUGCGUUAGCUGUGCCGAGGUCAGUUCGUCGGCGGUAAAGCGCGAAGAAGAUCAGGCAGAAAGUAGUGGUAAGAAAGAAGAUACUGACGCAAAAAGUAAGAAGGCCUUGAGAGCUUGGGCAUCGCAGACAUGUCGGCGGCUGUCAUAGCAACCGUAUCGGCGGUCUGUGCGACCGUGGCAGUAGUGAUAACCAUCGUUGUGAUCAGACGAUGCCGCCGUUCGAGGAAGAAAUUUUACAAGAAGAUCAUGGCCAAGAUCUCCGAAGAGAUCAACAGAAGGAACAGACAGCUGGAAGCAUGCGAUGCCAUCAACGACGUGGUGAUCGAGAUCGGCCCCGUGGAGAAGUUCCUCCACGACAUCCUCAACGAGAAGCCGAUGCGGUUCAGCUCCGAGCAGCUGGCAUCGUGCACCGAGAACUACUCCACCGAGCUCGGCUCCGGCGGCUUCGGGGUGGUCUACAAGGGGGAGCUCCCCAACGGGCUGCCCGUGGCGGUGAAGGUGCUCAAGGUGUCCAUGAACAAGAAGGUGCAGGAAGGGUUCAUGGCAGAGAUCGGCACCAUCGGCCGAACCUACCACGUGCACCUCGUCAGGCUCUACGGCUUCUGCUUCGACCCGGACACCAAGGCGCUCGUCUACGAGUACCUCGAGAACGGCUCGCUGGAGAAGUACCUCUACCGCGACGGGGAGGGCGCCGGCACCGGCGAGAGAAAGGAGAGGCUCGAGUGGCAGACGCUGCACGGCAUCGCCAUCGGCACGGCCAAGGGGAUAAGGUACCUCCACGAGGAGUGUCAGCAGAGGAUCGUGCACUACGACAUCAAGCCGGCCAACAUCCUCCUGACCGCUGACUUCACGCCCAAGGUGGCGGACUUCGGGCUGGCCAGGCUCGGGGAGCGCGAGAACACGCACAUGUCGUCGCUGACGGGAGGCGGUCGCGGGACGCCGGGGUACGCAGCGCCGGAGCUGUGGAUGGCGCUGCCGACGACGGAGAAGUGCGACGUGUACAGCUUCGGCAUGGUGCUGUUCGAGAUCCUGGGCCGGCGCCGGAACUACGACGCCCAGCUGGAGGACGAGAGCCGUGAGUGGUUCCCCAAGUGGGUGUGGGACAAGUAUGAGCAGGGGGGCAUGGAGUCCAUCGUGUCCGCGGCGGCCUGCGUCGGGGAGGCGGACCGGGAGAAGGCGGAGACCAUGUGCAAGGUGGCGCUGUGGUGCGUCCAGUUCCAGCCGUCGGCGCGGCCGACCAUGAGCAGCGUGGUGCGGAUGCUGGAGGGGGAGAUGGCCAUCGUGCCGCCGGUGAACCCGUUCCACUACGUGUCGGGCGGCGGCAGCUCCAGCAGCUGGGCGCUGUCGAGCGGCACCGGCACCGGCACGUUCACCAGCAGCAGCCGUGAUACGGGAUGGGACAGCAAGGUCUCGGCAGCAAGUACUCCUCGUAAGCCGACAGUUGCAAUGGUGAUAGGUGUCAAGUCCACUGAUCCAGUGACGACACAGGGGUUUUGCCCAUUUGUAGUCACGCGUGGAGCUCCAUGCGGAGGCUUUGCUCUGUUUCCAGUUUACAUGUAGGAUUUUUUUUUAUAAAUAGCACCGUAGACUUUCGAUUUGUGUCUAGCACACAACGAUUUAGCUCAUAUGACAAUUUCUUAUAUCUACUAGUAAAAGAGUGUUUGUUGGUUUU